AUGACUGAGAAUGACGGUGAUAUUUAUACAUAUGCUUUAAUUCAGGAUAGAAGUAUCGUAUCACCUUCAAUACUAGAGACGGGCCCAAACGCGGAUAAGCGUAAAGAUUCAAUUACAAAAACGAGGAUUAUCAAUCCUGAGGUUUCAUACGUGUGCCAAGGUGAAAAUUUCAACAUUAAACCGGAAGAUGUGCUUGCAGAUGAUAAUUUAAUUGUUGUUGAUAGUAAAGCAUCGAACAAUGGAGUUGAAGCAUCAAAAGUUACCUGCUUGUCUGAUUGUUGGCAAGCGAGCGAUAUCAAAAAGGAACAAUGGAAAUUCAUUGAUGAUAAUGCACCGGAAGAAACUAGUGAAGAGGUUUCAGCGUUUUUAAUUACAGGGAGUAAAGCUGAACUUCUUAUCGAAAAUACAAGGACCACUGGAAAAGAUAUAGUGCCCAAAGGAAACAUGACCUACGUCAGUAAAUUAGUAUCACUUUUUGGAAAACGAAACAAAGAGCUACAGAAUGUUGUCUCGUACCAAGAUUCAUCGUACGAACCAUUGAAGAAGGACUAA